AUGUCAGCCAACGUCCCGUUCGCCGAGCCGCCGUGGCUCAAUGGCAUCCCAUCCCCAUACUUUGACGAGUCCCACAAGAGGGUCCAGGCCGCAUGCCGCGACUUCAUCGGCCGCGCCCUGAGCCAGCACGCGUUCGAGUGGGAGACGGCCGAGGACGUGCCUCCCCACGUCUUUGGCGAGUUUGCAAAGGCCAACUUCCUCGUCCCGGCACUGCCCGCUCCCCUGCCAGCCGAAUGGCUCCGCCGCGUGGGAAUCACCCACAUGCCUGGUGGCAUCCCCGUGGAGGACUGGAACUACCUCCACGCGCUGAUCUACGCGGAUGAGAUGAGCCAGUCCGGCCUCGCUGGCCCCGCGGGCUCCCUCACCACGGGCAUGGCCUUCGGCGUGCCCCCCAUCUUCCGCUACGGCAGCAAGGAGCUCCAGGAGCGCUUCCUCCCCGACCUCCUCCUGGGCCGCAAGCGCUCCUGCAUCGCCAUCACCGAGCCCGAGGCCGGCUCCGACGUGGCCAACAUCGUCACCACCGCCGAGGCGACCCCCGACGGCAAGCACUAUGUCGUCAACGGCUCCAAGAAGUGGAUCACUAAUGGCGUCUUCGCCGACUACGCGACCAUGGCCGUACGCACGGGGGGUCCCGGCUCGGGACCAAAAGGCAUCUCGCUGCUCGUCGUGCCGCUGAAGGGCCACCCGGGUGUGUCGCUGCGCAGGAUCAAGGUCUCGGGCCAGAUCAGCGCGGGGACGUCGUUCAUCGAGCUCGACGACGUCAAGGUGCCGAGGGAGAACCUGAUCGGCCAGGAGGGGCUGGGGAUGCACUACAUCAUGAACAACUUCAACCACGAGCGGCUGUUCAUCGCCGUGGGCGUCACCAGGCAGUCGAGGGUGGCGCUCAGCGCCGCGUUCGAGUACUGCCUCAAGCGCGAGGCGUUUGGCAAGAAACUGAUGGACCAGCCCGUGGUCCGCCACCGGCUGGCCAAGUGCCUCGCCCGGCUCGAGUCGCAGCAGGCGUGGGUCGAGUCCUUUGCGUACCAGCUCACCAAGAUGCCCAAGGAGCAGGGCGACAAGGAGCUCGGCGGGCUCACGGCGCUGUGCAAGGCCAACGCGGGCAAGGUCCUCGACGAGUGCGCCCGGUGCGCCGUCCUGCUCUUUGGCGGCAACGGGUACACGCGCUCCGGGCAGGGCGAGAUCGCAGAGAAGAUUUACCGGGAGGUCCCAGGUGCCCGGAUCCCGGGUGGUAGCGAGGACGUGUUAUUUGAUCUGGCCAUUCGCCAGACCGUCAAGCUGUACAAGGAGAAGACGGCCCAGCUCAAGGCGCAGUCACGUCUCUGA